AUCGAUAUCGCGAUUCUUUGUUAAUUGUUAAUUUUUGUAGUGUUUUCUUUUCUGUACACCCGCUACCAAGUACCAACCUUGCGAUUGGCGUCCUUCAUUAUUUCUCGAUGUGUUCAGAUUCAUUGUGAAACAAUGAGCGCUGAAGCCAGUUCCUGAUUUGUCUGAGCGUAACACACAACUCUUUCUCGAAGAAGAAAGGUUACCAUAACCCAGUACCUGUAUCGCCCACUGUCAAUGUUGCUUGGUGUGAGAUAAAAUGAAUCAUGAGUUUGGUGGCUAUUCUGCUUCAAGGAGGCGUGCCUCGUUUCUCCUGCAAAGUUGCUCAAAUGCUCAGUCAAUUGACUACCUUUUUCUGCCACCACUGGUGACAGAUGCGUGUCUGUUUCUACAGGUUCACGUAAAUGGGACUUGAAGUCUGCCAAGAAAAAAAUGACUGUUCUUUAAUAUCUGAGAAAAUUAUCCAUAUGAAAUAUGCUAAUAGUAUACACGGCAGCUAACAACAUUUGUAUGCUACUAAUAAAAUUAAAAGACAAUGUAAUAUACGAGUGGCUAGUAACACCAGCUCAAACAUUAAAGACGUUAUUAAGACUUUGACAGAAACCGCGGUUUUGUGGAAAUUGUUUUAACGAAUAACAAACAGAGAAAUGAAUGCAGGAUCAUUAAGGCUGGGAUGCGUUACAACCUACAACCACGAAUGGGCAUCAUUUUAGUUGAUCGUCAGUAAACGACAAAUGCUGCACACUUUCCACCUCAAGGUCAUACAAUGAAUUUGCGCGCUACGGAGGUAGAUAUUAACUAGACUGACAGUAAUCUAAGUAGCCUGAAGGCCUCGCUCUUGCGUAAUUGAACGAGUUUGGUAGGUUUCUAGUACGACAAAAAAAGUGAAAUUAGUGGGCGUCUGCCAUUCAACUGUGAACAGCAUUAUCCUGUACGAAAUCAGUCUGUUAUCUUUCUUAUAAAUUUUAGCAAUAAAAACAGUCAAAUGAGGUCGGUGCUGAUUACUGGUUGUAGCAGAGGCAUUGGUCUCGAGCUGGUAAAGCAACUGACUGCCCACAAAUCAGCCCCAGAAUUCAUAAUUGCAACAUGUCGCAAACCGGAGGAAGCAAGGGCUCUUCAAGAACUGUCUAAGAAACAUAAAUCUAUCCACGUGUUAAAGUUAGAUGUUACAGAUUUUUCCAGCCUAGGGGGGUUUGCAAAAGAUGUCGAAGGAAUUGUUGGUGAUGAAGGCCUAAAUCUGUUAAUAAAUAAUGCUGGAAUAAGUGGAAACAAGACUGCUAAACUAGCAGAUCUUAAAGCAGAAGAACUUGCUGAAAUAUAUAAAACCAACACAAUUGCUCCCAUCUUGUUGACCCAGGCUCUGGUUCCACUCUUGAGGAAAGCUGCAAGCCACAAUGCAUCUGCUCAGCUGGGUAUUGGGAAAGCUGCCAUUGUCAAUAUUAGCUCUGGCCUUGGUUCAGUGUCACGGAACACUUUUGGAGGAUAUUAUGGUUACAGAGAGAGCAAGGCUGCUUUGAACACAUCAACACGUUCUAUUAGCCAUGAAUUAGCUGCUGAUGGCAUACUUGUAAUGACCUUACAUCCUGGUUGGGUCAAGACUGAUAUGGGGGGAAAAGAAGCUGAUCUUACUGUAGAAUUUAGUGCUUCAGAGAUAGUGAAAACACUCUUCAAAUUGGGCAAGGAACAUCAAGGAGCAUUCCUCCAGUAUGAUGGCUCUGUUUUGCCAUGGUAAUGAAUGCUUUCAAAAUUGCUUCAUGGCAAAUGUUUCUGGCUGUAUAAAACUUUUUCUGUAAUCACUGUCUUCCAUCUUUUUUUCUAUAGCUCUCACCCCAGAAAUGUUGGGAUUUUGAUUCAUUCUGAUUUUAUUGCACAUUUCAUGCUUUAUUUUCAGCUUUCCUGAAGAGCAAUGCCUUUCCUCCUCUGUGUGCUUUUCAGUUGUAGUGAACCAACCUCUAUCCUCCCUCUCCUCAUGAAUUUGGUUUUUCUUCCAACAUUUUGUAGUGUUUUUAUUAACAUUCCCUAACAAUGUUUUACAUUAACUAAAAAUAAGCCAUGGGUCAUUAUCACUUUCUGUCCUUAAACAAUGUGACAUUGAAAUGUAUUUUCAACGCUUUUAUCUUAAUCAGCUUUCAACGAGAGGGCUGUUUAGUGCACGUAAGUAACAGUUACAUAAAAUACAAUUUCUAAUGUUAUCUCAAUAGUAAUUUUCAUCUGAAAUAUUUUACGCCAAAUGAAUUCUUGGUAUGGUACAAAUAAAAAACAAUGAAGAAAAAGUAUGUAAGGAGGAAAUGCCUUCUUUUUAAGGGGAAAAUAAAAUAUUGAUCGUGGCUUAUACAUUGAAUGAAGCAUAUAAGUUACUAUCAACACGGUGGUUUUAUCCACAUAAAAGGUAGAUAAUGCUUAUGAUUUAUCAGAACAUGACAGCACAAAUGAAGUGAGAUAAAACAUGAAGUAUUCUGUUCAGCUGUAAAGCAGUAGUUCAGCUACACAAUGUGGUGUUGUGUAGUGGUUUAUUACUUAAGUACCUUCAACCAAUUGAUUUCUGUAGUAUACAUUUUGUCAGUUUGUUUCAAUAAUAUGAAUGAUGUGUAAAUAAAAGUUAUGUUGAAAUA